CCCUCUUUCAUCCGUUACGAUAUGGCCACGUGUCCCUUCACCUCUCAGAUAAAUUCCCAGCGAGAGAUUUGGGCCGUUGGAUCAUUCCUCUUGCUGUUAUCUGGGUUCCGUCUCCGUCUCUCUGUUUCGAUCUGUUUUAUUUUGACCAAACCUUUUCCAAGAAGAAAUUUUUUUGGACUUUCUUAAUUUUUGAUUUUUUUUGUUUGUUCUUCGUUUUUUUCUUUCCUUCUUUCUCUUCAAUGUCGUUGAACUCAUCCGACGAUACUUGAAUCUCACUCUUUCUCUUCUCUUCUCUUUCUCUGCUUAGUCUCUAUCAUCUACAUCUCUUCUCACUUAUUUGGAAAUUUCGAUCCCGAGGUCGAGGAGGAGAAAAAACCGAUCUCUCAGAGGAUUUUCUCUCAAUUGUGGCUGGGAAUUUCAAAAGUGUAGGGUUGAUUUUUAGUUCGACAGUGAGUAAUACGAUGAAAGCGUCGAUUGAGAGGUUAAGGAGAUUGACAUCGCAUAAAGUCGAUGCGAAGGAGAAAGGAGAGCUCGUGGCUACGGCACAGAUUGACGAACUCGCUCGAGCCGGGAAGGAUAUGCAAGACAUGAGAGACUGCUACGAUAGACUACUCGCUGCAGCUGCUGCCACUGCAAAUAGCGCUUAUGAGUUCUCUGAAUCAUUGGGAGAGAUGGGUUCUUGUUUGGAGCUUAUCGCGCCUCAUAACGACGAAGAAAGUGGUAGAGUCUUGUUUAUGUUGGGUAAAGUUCAGUUUGAGCUCCAAAGACUUCUUGACACAUAUCGUAGUCAUAUAUUCAAAACCAUUACUGCCCCAUCAGAAGCGCUUCUCAAGGACCUCAGAACUGUUGAGGAUAUGAAGCAACAAUGCGACGAGAAGAGAAAUGUGUUUGAGAUGGCGCUUGUGAAAGAUAAAGGAAGGCCUAAAAGCAGUAAAGGAGAGAGACAUAUUCCUCCCGAGUCUCGACCUGCUUACAAUGAGUUUCAUGACGAAGCAACAAUGUGCAUUUUUCGAUUGAAAUCUCUUAAAGAAGGACAAGCUCGUAGUCUCCUCACACAAGCAGUGCGUCACCACACUGCUCAGAUGCGUCUGUUUCACACUGGAUUGAAAUCGCUUGAGUCAGUAGAGCGUCACGUAAGAGUUUCUGCAGAAAAACAACACAUUGACUGUGAUCUCUCUGUUCAUGAGAACGAAAUGGAAGCUAGUGAGGAUGAUGAUGAUGGUGAUGAUGAUGAAAGAGAAGAACUGAGUUUUGCUUACAGAGCAAAUGAGCAGAGGGUAGAAGCUGCUUCUGUCUCUACACCAUGGGGCUCAACGAAGAUAGACGAUACAGACCCCUCGUUUCCUCGUCCUUCUGCAACAAGAGCAUCAGCAGUAAAUGCUGAUCACAGAGAAGAAAACCCGAUUUCAACCCGCAAUAACAGAAUGACCAGCCAUUCAGCACCGUUGUUCCCGGAAAAGAAACCGGAUAUAUCAGAGAGACUGAGACAGACGAAUCCUUCUUCCAAUGCUUACGUAUUACCGACACCAAGCGAUUCAAGGUAUAUAAAACCGGCUUCCCAGGCUUUAAAUCCUAGGCCAGCAAACCACAGCGCCGGAAACAUAUGGCAUUCAUCUCCGUUAGAACCGAUAAAAACCGGGAAAGAUGGGAAAGACGCGGAUAACAACAGCCACUACGCCCGUCUUCCUCGUCCUUCUACAACAGACACGCAUCAUCAUCAUCAUCAACACCAAGCUUCGGUAAGACAUGCAUUUUCCGGACCUCUCAAACCGUCCUCGACUAAACCGGUCACUACCACGGACAUUAUCGGCGCGUUUUGUCCUCUGCCGACUCCUCCUGUACCCCAACCUCAUCCUCAUUCAUCAUCUUCUCCGAGAGUCUCCCCUACCGCUUCACCUCCUGCUUCUUCCUCCUCCCCGAGGCUUAACGCGCUUCACGAGCUUCCGAGACCACCAGGCCACUUUGCACCACCGCCAAGACGAGCCAAAUCCCCUGUUCUUGUUGGUCACUCGGCGCCUCUGACCGGAUGGAACCAAGAAAGAAACAACACUCUUACUCUUGCUCCUCCGUCCACCACCAACAUUGUGGCCUCGCCGCUUCCGGUUCCUCCAUUGGUCGUUCCUCGAAGCUACUCUAUACCUUCAAGAAACCACAGAGACGUUGCUCAACGAGCUGUCGACAGGAACGGAGAUAGAGUAGCGUCCCCACCGUUAACACCAAUGAGCCUGUCUAGGCCACUUGAGCCCACGGGAGUUGCUGCUCAGACCAGUCAAAUCAGAGUUUUUCAUAAAGCUCAAACGCUAAACGCAAAAGGAAUGUUCGACUGUACGUUUUGCUUGCGUUUGGCGUUUGGAAUGACGCUUAAAAAUGUUAUUAAUCAUGCAGGAGUAGGAAAGCUGAUCGAACGAUGAAGCUGCAGCGCCGCGUUUGACCAAAACGCUGGUUGUAGAGAAUCAGAGAUCGCCAUAAGUGAAUAUAGUGUAGUCAGAAUAUGUAUUAUUCUUUAGUUAAGUCCGUAUUCUCCUUCGUUUUUUUGUUCCAUUGUAAAUCUGAAGCCUCUGUUCUUAAUCCUCUUUUCAUUUUUUAAUCCCCUUGAGUUUUGCCUUCUUUUACUACGAUACGACCUUAAUCGUAUAUAAAAAAACAAUUAAAAAGAACAUAUCCCGUAAUGCAUAGUUUUUCAUUUGGGAAAAUGUUGUUUAAAUGCCGAAAUUUCAAAUUUUAG